AAAACAAGACGCGUAUGCUGACGAUGCCGACCCCCUGAUAACAGCGCUUCCACGUGAAAUUAUCGUAAAGAGUAUCUCAAUCUGCACACGCCUUGCACCACUCUAGACUGUAGUGAGCGGAAAUCUCAGAUAGCUCGUCGGGCAACCAAGGGCAGCCGCUCCUCCUCGGCUCGUGUGCUUCUGCGUGUAUAUUUACUGCCUGUUUUGCCGUAUGUGUUUGCCGGCUUGGAUCGCAUCCUCGACCUUUUGACCUCGCUCGCACUGUUCGCUGAACCAUACCUCACAAGAUGAUUACGAAAAGAGUCCUCUGUUGUCAAUUUUCAAAGGCAAAUUCCGCCCGACUGUGUUCAUGGUGGUCGCAAGUCGAGAUGGGGCCGCCGGACGCAAUCCUCGGCGUCACCGAAGCUUUCAAACGGGACUCCAACCCAAAGAAGAUGAACCUCGGAGUCGGAGCGUACCGGGACGACGAGGGCAAACCAUACGUCCUUCCCAGCGUACGUAAAGCGGAAGAAAUCUUACUUUCCAAGAAGCAGGACAAGGAAUACCUACCCAUCAGCGGCUUUGCCGAUUUCUGCAACGCCUCGGCCCGGCUCGCGUUCGGUGACAACAGUCCCGUUCUUCAAAACAAACAAAACGCCACCAUUCAGGGUAUAUCCGGAACAGGGUCUCUCACAAUUGGAGCCUAUUUCUUGGGUCAGUUCUUCCCCGGCAACAAAGACGUGUACAUGCCAUCUCCAACCUGGGGCAACCACAUACCUCUGUUUAAGCGAGCCGGUCUGACGGUGAAACAGUACCGCUACUAUGACCCGAAGACCUGCGGAUUUGACUUCAACGGCGCCUUAGAAGACAUCGCGAAGAUUCCGGAAAAAUCGGUAAUCUUGCUUCACGCCUGCGCUCAUAACCCAACCGGUGUUGAUCCAAAACUAGACCAGUGGAAGGAAAUCUCGAAGGUCAUCAAGAGCCGCAAGCUUUUCCCCUUUUUAGACAUGGCAUAUCAGGGCUUUGCAACCGGAGACAUCGACAGAGAUGCCGCAGCGGUCAGACUGUUCGCGCAGGACGGUCACGGAUUUGCAGUCUCGCAGUCCUUCGCAAAGAACAUGGGACUGUACGGCGAACGGAUCGGAGCUUUCACUCUGGUCUGCGAGUCAAAGGACGAAGCCGACCGGGCCAUGUCGCAGAUUAAGAUAAUUGUCCGUCCAAUGUACUCGAACCCUCCAAUCAACGGUGCCCGAAUCGCCCACCUCAUCCUAACCGACCAGCAGCUGCGGCAACAGUGGCUGCAGGACGUGAAGGGCAUGGCAGACAGGAUCAUGAACAUGAGGACACGACUCAAGGACGGUCUCAAGAGGGAAGGGUCGACGAGGAACUGGGAUCACAUCACGGACCAGAUCGGCAUGUUCUGCUUCACAGGCAUGACGCCGGAUCAGGUGGAGAAGCUGACGAAAGAGUUCAGCGUCUACCUGACGAAAGACGGGCGUAUAUCGGUUGCCGGGAUCUCGUCCAAAAACGUGGACUACCUUGCCCAUGCUAUGCACCAAGUUACAAAGUAGAAACAGUGUUGAAGUUGGAGAGGACAUUGUAGCAAAGCUAGCGAAACUGAGGACUAGGCGAGGGUGUCGCGAAAGUUUUAUAUGUUGUAUUGCGUUGGCUUACCCUAGGUUGCGCAGUAUGUUUCGAUAAUGUAUAGUCCGGCAUUGCCGAUGAUGCUCAGUUUACGUGUAUGUGUAAUACGGAUGUCAGUGACUUCAAUGCGUUUGCAGUCCACCCCUUUUUUGUGGCAGCCAACUUUGUUGCCGUCUACCACCUUUUGUCGCAUGUUAUAGGCAUUCGGUUUGCUGGAAUGUCUAAAGAUUAUGUACAUGCUAAUAUAAUGGAAACAAAUAAAGAGACAUCAUCAGGUUGA